AUGCCACCCCGCCCUCCCUCCUUCAUCCGGCCACUGGCGCGCCCGCAAGGGACAUGUCGCUCGUGCUUGCAGCGCCCCGUGCUCCUGGAGCGCCCGCGAUUCCGCUUCUUCUCCGCGACAGCGCCUCGUCUCUCCGAUAGCGCUCCGAGCCACUACGAGACACUGCAGGUCGCAACCACGGCCGAUGCAAAGGAGAUCAAACGGCAAUUUUAUGCGCUGUCCAAGAAGAACCACCCAGACCACAACAAGGACGACCCUACCGCGUCGACCCGCUUUGUCGCAAUCAGUGAAGCCUACCACACGCUCUCGGUGCCCGAGAAGCGCGCGCAGUACGAUGCGCAGCUGCACCAGAGCGAGCGACGCUCCGGAUGGGGUCGAGGUAGCGGACCUGGCCAGCCCCAGGGAAGCUACAGCUCAGCGGGCUACGCAGGCUCCCGCCCGGCCACUGGACUGAACAAGAAGAGAGGCACGUUCCGUGGACCGCCGCCCAGCUUCUACAACAGCGGCGGCUACGGGCGACAUGGCGCAAAGAGAGCCGAGUAUGCGCACCACGAUCCGAACGCCGGGGGCAAGGAAGCUGGUCCAGAGAGCUACGGCGAACAGGGAGGCUAUGGUCCGGGACAGCAGCGUCAGGGCCACCAAGUGCCGCAUUUUGACGACGUACGACACAAGGAGACGCACGAGCAGGUCCACGAACACAUACAGAAGGGUCGAAAGCGCUCCCGACUACACCGUAGAGACGAGGACUAUGCUAGGGGGGACAUGCUGCUCAACUUCCUGACCGUCUCGGGCAUCGUAGCCAUCAUUGGCGCAACUGUAAAGAUAUUUGAAGACAAGGAACAUAGCAGCGCAAAACUAAAGUCGAGGGCUGCAGCAUAG